GCCAUAUGUGGCGCAUAUUCCUGACCUUGCGAGACCUCCUAGAUAAAUGUAGCAAGUGGACACGCACCCCUUACGCAACCAACGAAAUCGCUCCGGACUUUCUCAAAGGGCACUCCUGUGGCCUCUCCGACACCCGCACACAAUACUCACCUUCAGUCACUCAUUCAAAACUCGCCCGACGCGGCUGGAUGAUUGACCAAGCGGAAUUCCCUGGGCGCGAUCACAUAGUCCACCAUUAGGGAAUUUAUCGAUCGCACAAUCGAUCAGCAAAGAGAUAUGGAUCCAGGUCUGGUGGUGGAGCCAGAACUCGAUGGCUUCAGUCGGGUAUUGCCUUUACCCUAUCGUGUCGCUCUCAUAAUUGUCUUGGGAAUUUGGGCCUGGGGCCUCAACCUACACUACCUCUCACUGAUCAGAAUUGACGUACCGAGUCUAAUCCGCUAUCCGGGUCGUCCCUCGCCGCACCACCCUCCUCACCACCUGUCGUGCUAUCGGAUUGCUACGUUUCUCUCCGUCCCGCUCGCUCUGUUCCUCCUGCUCUUCUGGGCCCUCACGAGCGGCAGCCCCACCGACAUCGCGGCCUGGGAGAUCCUUCCGAACAUCUACCUCCUUGUCCUCGUAGUCGGCUUCAUCGCUCCCAUCCCUUUCAUAUCCCGAAAUGGCCGCUCCCGCACACUGGCGACACUUAAGCGCAUCUCGAUCGGAGGCAUUGCGGAGGCACAAGACGGAAAGUUCGGUGAUAUCCUGCUCGCUGAUGCGCUGACGAGCUACGCAAAAGUGCUCGGCGAUCUAUUCAUUAGUCUCUGCAUGUUCUUCUCGUCCGGGAUAUCGAGCACGGGUCCCCCGAACCGCAACUGCGGCGGCCCCUUCUGGGUGCCCUUCAUCAUCUCCAUACCAAGCAUGAUCCGGCUGCGCCAGUGCAUCACCGAGUACUUCCGCGUGCAGAAAGCGAACCAGCGGACCGGCCAGAUAAACCCCGCGACAGGCUGGGGCGGCGUGCACCUCGCCAACGCACUGAAAUACUCGACCGCGUUCCCCGUCAUCAUCCUCAGCGCGCUGCAGCGCUCGCCGGACCCCUCCAAGUUCGGCAUGUCUGAGGCGUCCCUGUUCCGCCUGUGGCUCGCCGCCGUGUUCGUCAACUCCGGAUACUCCUUUUACUGGGACGUCGCCCGCGAUUGGGACCUCACGCUCUUCACCAAGCAGCGCGACAGCCCGGAGUACCCCUGGGGCCUCCGCCGACACAGAUGGUUCCACGCGAAGGAGUUCUACUACGCCGCCAUCAUCGUCGACGCCAUGCUACGCUGCACGUGGAGCUUCAAGCUCAGCCCGCACCUCGACCACUUCAACGACCUUGAGGGCGGCAUCUUCCUCAUGGAGGUGCUCGAGGUGCUGAGGAGGUGGAUAUGGAUCUUUUUUAGAGUCGAGACCGAGUGGGUCCGGAACCACCGCGGUCCAGCACCAGACGACGUCCUACUCGGCGACUUGUCGUCGAAUAACAAGUACGACGAGGAUGAAUAGACAGGGAACCAUUAAUAUAUAUAUAUAUAUAUAUAUAUAUAUAUAUACACACAAUUUUAUAGACCUACUGAAGCAAGCAAGGGAGAUACCCCACCGUCAUCAUAUCAUAUUAUAUUUAGCACCGCAUCAUGCAUUGGGCGACAUUUUGAAUUCUUCCAUUUUCUUUGGUUCUCUACUUGUUUGAGAAGGCGUUCGAAGCGGUUGUGUCUGGAUCUAGAUGUUCUCGUAGGAGAGAGCGUGGCGUACGUGAUUUUGCGGGAAGAGGGAGAUAUAGGAUCCGACCUGCUGUGACAGGUAUUUAUCGGCAUCAGCCAUAAGAUAAUGAAUGAAAAGGAAAUAAUUGAACGC